AUGUCCAGCUCCACAGCAGCUCCGACUGUACCAUCGGACCCAUCAGCCCCAUCAUCCACUCGUCCAAGACAUCGACGCCGUGGGAAGGGCCCCGCAAACCGUCAAGGCCAAUCCAAUCCCACAGCCCAAUCGACCAACGACCAGCCUCCUCCAGAGCAGCAGGGACAGCCACGUGGAACUGUGCCCACUGAUCCAUCAGCUGGACCGCCUCGUUCACGGAAAGGGCAAAAAGAAGGCAGAGGAUCUGGAAGUCGCAGAGGCCGUGGUAAUGGACCUCGACCAAGCGGGCAAGCACAAAAUGGCGAACCUUCGGACCAAACAUCACAAAGGCAGUCUCGGGGAAUGAGAGCAAGAGGAUUUGGGGCCCGACUGACCAAAGCGGACGAUGCGCAGGACGGAACAGACCCUCAAGCCCCCGCAGACCCAGAUGCAAAUCUCCGUGCCGACGCGCCGGCUUUUGUACCCGGUGUGCCUGCAUCUGCCCCGCCGCCUUCUGCAGCUUCGGGAUCGACCAACAAAGGAAAAGGGAAGCAGAAGCCCAAAUUACCUCAAAAGCCACCCAAGGUCACGACGAAAUCUGUUGCCGACGACAUAGCCACCCGUAUCCACGAAGAUAUCGCCCACAACCUUUACGAAUGUCCUAUAUGCACAAGUGAGCUUGGAAGAAGAUCCAAAGUUUGGUCUUGUGAACUUUGUUGGACUGUGUUUCACUUGAGUUGUAUCAAAAAAUGGUCUACCAACGAAGGAUCCGCCGCCGCGCGACAGCCACAAAACGCAGAAGGGGCUGUUACCCCCAAGGCGUGGCGUUGUCCUGGCUGCAAUUUGUCACAUGAGCACUUCCCUUCCACAUAUACGUGUUGGUGCGAGAAGGAAUCCGAUCCUCGACCUUUAGCCGGUUUGCCUCCACACUCUUGUGGCCAGACUUGCUCUCGCGCUCGGAAGGGUUGCCCCCAUCCAUGCGAUGCAACCUGUCAUGCGGGCCCUUGUGCUCCCUGCACUUCAAUGGGACCAACUCAAGAUUGCUUUUGUGGUCGUAAUUCAUCGACAAAGCGAUGCCAGGAUACCGAUUAUCAGAAUGGCUGGAGCUGCGGGGAAAUAUGCGGCGACCUUCUACCAUGCGGAGAACACACAUGUCCUCUUCCCUGUCAUGAGGGCUUAUGUGGUGCAUGUGAGGUCAAGAUCGACGCGCAUUGUUAUUGCGGAAAGGUGCACACAGAGAUGCUGUGUAGCUCCAAGGAUGAGGAACUGGAUAGCGAGAAGAUCAAGGACGAUGGAUCUAACGAGGAAUGGAUCGGUUGUUUCAGCUGCCCUGACACUUGCAACCGCCCCUUCGAUUGCGGCGUACAUUUCUGCCAGAAGGACUGUCACCCUCAAGACUCUCUCCCCGAACACUGCCCUCGCUCGCCUGAUGCAGUUUCUCGUUGCCCUUGUGGUAAAACACCAUUGACAGAAGUCCCGGGAUAUACCCCGCGGUCAUCGUGUGAGGACCCCAUCUCCAAUUGCUUCGAGCCUUGUGGUAAGAUGCUGCGAUGUGGCCAUUCUUGCGAUCAGAUCUGCCACACCGGGCCUUGCGGCACAUGUACUCGUCGUGUUCCUAUCUCAUGUCAAUGUGGUCGCAACACUUCCAUGAGUAUUUGUCACCAGGGUGAUAUGAAUGCACCCCAGUGCUUCCGUCAGUGCAAGGCGGGUCUGCACUGCGGACGUCAUACUUACAUUCGAGUCAGCCUUGCACUCCCUGGCAACAGAUACAUCGAAUCGAUCUAUCCGCUUCCAGCCUGCAAAGUCCACUCUCCGAGCAUUCGCGCACUCCUCGCCACAGACUGGGGAUUUGUAACAGAAAGUCAUGAUCCGGAGCCGCACCGCCACGUCUUCGUUUUGAAACCUUUGACAUGGACACCACCUGUCUUCGGACUAGGCACCGAGACCACCAUUGGAAUUGGCGGCAUGAGCGUACGCGAGUGCGUUAAACUCCGCGAACGAGAACGGAACAAGGAGCGCGAAGCACAACGUGUUGCCGCUCUAGAGUCCAAGGCCGCCCGUGACGCCGCCAAAGCACAGGCCGGCGGUAGCAGCUCGGACGGAUGGGCACAGGUUGCCUCUCGGGUUAAGAGACCGGGAGAGGGUAGCAACACUAGUACUAGGAGUACCACGCCUCUUCAGAGCUCUUAUGCAAAUUCGUUCAGGAACCGUUCUAUGUUUGCUGCGCUUGCUGGUCACGUCGAUACAGCCGGUUCCGGGUCUAAGAAGGAGAAGCUUGUUCUUCGGUCUGGUGUUGGCGUUGGCAAGUCAUUGCGUACACAGCCUCCUGCUGAGGUGGUUGAUAGUUGGGAAGAGGCCGAAGAGAAGGAAGAAGAGGUUGAACGGAAGCAGGAGCAAGCUGAAGCUCCUCUAGAGGCGCAGGGACAACAGGGGGAGGAACAGUCACAGGAACAGCCACAGGAACAGCCGCAGGAACAGAAAGAAGGAAGGCAGGAAGAUCUGGUGAACGAUGCGGAGUCUCAGGAAAUCAUCACGUCGGAAGUCGAGGCGAAAGAGUAG